AAUGAAAAGGAGGAGGAGGAGGAGGAGGGAGGGAGCUGUCGGUGGAGGCGCUCCGUUGUGCGCCGGAGGUUUUACAUUCCGCGAGGAUUUAUCGUAGGAAAGAACGUGUUCGCCGGUGUAGAAGCAGCGUCAUGAAGGGGACCGUGAUCUGACUACAUCUCUUAUGCGCGCUAUAUAUCAGCGUGCCGGCAGGCAAGAAGGAGAAGGCCAGGAAGAGAAGGUAACUACGCCGGUGCGGGCUACGGAUCCGGAUUGCGGCGUGAACGCCAUGGUGAAUUACACGCUAGCCGCGGGAAGAAUGGAAAGCGAGCAGUUGAUGGUGCGCAGCGAUACCGGAGACAUUUGCGUCAGGACACCGUUGGACAGGGAAACCGCUCCCUACCUAGAGAUUCCCGUCAUCGCUACCGAUCGAGGGGGUCUGAGCACAGUGGCGAUCGUGAGGGUGCAAGUGACCGACGUGAACGACAACCGGCCGAUCUUCGAGCCGAGAAGAUACAACGCGACGUUGAAGGCCGACAACACGAUCCAAGGGGCAAUUUUGAGGGUCGUGGCCACGGAUCUGGACGCGGGAUUGUUCGGCCAAGUGGCGUACAGGAUCACGAGCGGGAACGAGGCGGGCGUGUUCCAGAUCGAUCGUAACACGGGCGAGGUGGAAGUGGCGAGGCCCGCGUUCCUCUCCAGGUCGCCCCUCCAUCAAUUGAACGUAACGGCAACGGACGCGGCCGGGUUGAAGAGCAUGCUCGACGCUGAAAUCAGAAUCACCGCAUCCUCCCCCGGGCACAGAAUCGCCAGCUGCGAGAAACCCCGCUACACCAUCACCGUUAAGGAGACCGUUCCACAGAACAGCGUGGUCGGCGGGGUGAAGGACGGAGCCUCGUCGGGUGAACGGCCAACCAGAUUUUAUUUGGCGAAGGAAGAACCGGAUCUAAGCAUGGACCCCGUCACGGGUAUGAUUCGAAUUCGCGUCCCGUUGGACCGAGAAACGCGGGACAAGUAUAUUCUGAGCGUGGAGGCGCGAAAUGGAGUCUCGACGGGCUACUGUCAGGUGGAGCUGAACGUGGAGGACGUGAACGACAACGGGCCGACGUUCCCGGCGAGCAGCGUCCGAAUUUCCGUUGCGGAAUCGCAUCCCCUUCACGCGCCCCUCUACGUGGCGCACGCCGUCGAUCCGGACGUGGUCCCGCCCCACCCGAUCCGCUACGCGCUCGGCCAGAACAGCAACGACCUGUUCGGGAUAGACGCCCGCUCAGGCGAGCUCUAUCUGUCCAGGAGAUUGGAUUACGAGACGCAGCAACGGCACGGCCUUCUGAUAAGGGCGGUGGACGGUGGCGGCCUCACCGCCAACCUCAGCCUCAGCGUCGAGGUGCAGGACGUGAAUGACAACCCCCCGGUGUUCGAGAGGAACGAGUAUCACGUGGAGGUUCCCGAAGGCGCCAAGCUCGAUUCCCAAAUCCUCCAAGUGACCGCGGUCGACCUGGACACGGGUAAUAACGCGAGGCUGAGUUACCGGCUCCAAGGAUCGACGGCAUUUCGAAUCAGCCCGAACACGGGAUGGAUUUAUCUGGCGCAGGCGCUCGAUCGGGAGAGCUUGGACAGGCACGCGCUCACGGUUCUUGCGACCGACAACGGUUCCCCGGCCGCGACCGCGAGCACUUCCGUGCUGGUCACGGUGCUCGACGACAACGACAACGAUCCCCGCUUCGAGAAGGAGUUUUACGGAUUCGAGCUGCUGGAGAACUUGCCCUCGGGUACGCUGGUCGGAUCCGUGAGCGCCUCCGAUCCCGAUCUCGGCAAGAACGCGCUGCUCAGGUACGCGGUGGUCCAGGCCAACAGCAGUUUCACCGUCGACCCCGAUACAGGUGAGAUCAUCACGAGAGAGCCGUUGGAUCGGGAAACGAAGGGGGUGCACGAGCUCGUUCUCGAGGCGAGGGAUCAAGGAACUCCGUCGAGAGCGGCCAGGGUGCCUCUCAAGAUCACGGUGCUCGACGUGAACGACAACUCGCCCGAAAUCGUGGAUCCCCAGGGGGACGUGGUCAGCGUGAGGGAGGAGCAACCACCGGGUACGGAAGUGGCGAGGGUCAGGGCUUUGGACACCGAUCUCGGCGAGAACGCGUCCGUGACCUACACCAUUCUCAAAGAUCGAGACUCGGACGGUUACAACGUUUUCACCGUGGACCCGAUCACCGGGAUGAUCAGGACGAAGGCGGUGCUGGAUCACGAGGAACGGAACGUGUACCGGGUGUCCGUGAAGGCGACGGACGCGGGCCGACCACCCCGCCACAGCAUACGCGCGUUGAGAGUGGAGGUUUUAGCGCUGGCCGAUAACCGGCCGACCUUCACCAGUAGCAGCCUUACCUUUAACGUGCGGGAGGACGCGAGCAUAGGACAAGCGGUGGGCUCGGUGUCGGGGGCAGGUCCCGCCGGCCGCGUGGCAUUCACCUUGGACUCUCUCACGCCGAUCAGCGAGUUUCCGGCGUUCGACGUGGAUCGUAGCUCCGGCCAAUUGGUGGUUGCCCACUCGCUCGACCGCGAGAACGUGAGCGAGUACCACCUGGAGAUCCGCGCGUUGGACACGACGUCGAUCGGCAAUCCUCAGAGCAUCGCUGUCUCGGUGAAGAUCGCGAUCGAGGACGCGAACGACAAUCCGCCCCGAUGGCCCCAGGACCCGAUAACGGUGCGCGUGUCGGAGAGGGCGGCGAUCGGCUCCACCAUCUACAAUUUGACCGCGAUCGACUUGGACAGCGGCUUGAACGGGGACCUACGCUACGGCCUGGUUGCCGAGUUCCCCUCGAGGGACAGCUUCGCGGUCGACUCGUUGACCGGCGCCCUCACGUUGGCCAAACCGUUGGACAGGGAGGAGAGGGCCGAGUACACGUUGAUCCUGAGGGCGUCGGAUCGCGCCCCACCCGGCGAGCGAUUGGCCUCCACCGUCACAGCGAGGAUCAUCGUGCUGGAUCAGAACGACAACGACCCGGUUUUCGUCGCCCCGGAAUCGACCAAAGUCGCGGUCACGCCCGACCUGUUGCCAGGUGCGACGUUGGUGAGAGUGGUCGCGGUCGACAAGGACGCGGGCGACAACGGGCGGGUGUCGUACGUGAUCACGUCGGCGAACGAGGAGGCGAGGUUCUCGGUGGGCUACGAAUCCGGGAUAGUGAGCUUGGAGAGGCCUAUGGCGAGAACGACGGAGCUCGAGAUCACGGCCAACGAUCACGGUUCCCCGCCGCGCAAGUCCACCCUCAGGCUGAUCCUCGCGUUGGCUUCUGGACAGAGCAACGGACCCCCCCGGCUUCUGCUCGCCAACCCCGUGGCCAGGAUUUCGGAGGAUCUGCAGGUCGGAGCGCCGGUUCUCAACGUGGCCGGCCCUAUCAUCGCCGAUCAAGGAAACGUGAGCUUCGGUAUCCCGAGCAACGUAGCCUCGGAUAAAUUCACCGUUUUGCCGAGCGGUCUGGUCACGCUUCGAGGCCCCCUGGACCGGGAGGAGGCCUCCCGCUACUCGGUCCCGAUCCUGGCCAGAUCCAGCAAGCUGUUGGACAUCGGCACCCUCGAGGUGGUGGUCAUGGACGAGAACGACAACAGCCCCGAAUUUCGACCCGGCUCGUGCUACACCCUCGCCGUGCCCGAGAACCAAGGGACCGCGGUGAUUCACACGAUCGCUGCCUCCGAUCUCGACGAGGGCAAGAACGGGGUUUAUUACAGCAUCGUGGGUGGCAACGUGGGCGCCAAGUUCGCGUUGGAUCCGACGAGCGGCGCGCUCUCGAUGUCGAAUCUCGACCGGGAGUCGGUGUCGAAAUACGUGUUGACGAUCUCGGCCAAGGACAAAGGCCGACCCAGCUUGGAGGCACGGUGCAACCUGACGGUGAUCGUGCUGGACGUGAACGACAACGCCCCGACGUUCGUACAAAACGAAUACUCCGAGUCCCGUGCUCGUGGAUCGGCGGUGGCCACGGCCGAGUAUCCCGCUUUCGGAUUCCCCUACGGAUCCUCCUCCAAUUAUCCGACCAGCCACCGCCCCACCAAGUACGUGGCGACCGUGUCCGAGGACGUGGCCCCGGAUUCCAGCGUGAUGACCGUGAGGGCGACCGAUCCGGAUCAAGGGGUGAACGGGAAGAUCACGUAUGCCAUCGCCGAAGAGACGAGUUGGUUGUUCAGGGUUGACAAUUUAACGGGCGUCGUUACCACUGCUGGGGCUUUGGAUCGGGAACGGCAGAGCGCGUACAACUUCGUGGUGGUGGCGACGGACGGCGGCAAGUACGACGCGAGGAGCAGCACGAUCCCGGUGGAGAUUCGGGUGAGCGACGUGAACGACAACGCGCCCGUGUUCGAGGAGUACCCGUUCCGCGCCCGCGUCUCGAUCGGCACGCAGCCGGAGAAGAACAUUCUCCGUGUGGUGGCGACCGACAUCGACGAGGGGGCGAACGGGGAGAUCGUGUACUCGUUCCUCCACGAGCAGGAGAAGCCCAAGUUCAGGAUACACCCGAGCACGGGGGCCGUGACCGCGGCCCUGUCCCUCUCCCAGGACAACGGCAAGACGUACCACUUGGAGGUGGUGGCCAGGGACAAGGGGAACCCGCCGAGGAGCGCCCGGGGAUUGAUCGAGUUGCGGGUCGGUGAUCUGGCCGACCUGGCGCCCGUCUUGAAGUUCCAGAACGAGACGUACGAGGUGGUUGUGGGGGAGAAUUGCGCGGCCGGCACCGAGGUGAUCCGGGUGACGGCCGUGCGCUCGGACGGCAGAAGGCAGCGGGUCACCUACUCCCUCGGCUCGGGCAACGAGUUGGCCGCGUUCGCGAUCGACGAGGAGACCGGGUCGAUACGCGUCAACGACCCGGCCAAGCUGGACGCGGAGGCGUGGAGCGACGCGAGGGUGAGGCCAGCCCCGGAGGAGGGGGCGGAGGACGAGGGCAGGACGAAUUCGUGGGCCAGGUCGUUGGAGGGUGGGGGGCAACGGUCGAAGGAGAAACCGAGGGAGAGCUCGAAGCACGUGUUGACCGUGGCCGCGAGGACCAGCGGCCCCGACCCUUUGGAGGCGUACGUGAAGCUGGUGGUCAGGGUGUCGGACGCGAACGACAAUCCGCCCGUCUUCACUCAGACUCAGUACUCGGCCACCGUUUUGGAGGGGAACGUGAAAGGGGAUUUCGUCGUAAAGCUCUCGGCGAGCGACGCGGAUCAAGGGAUGAACGGUAGAGUUCUGUAUCAUAUCGUGGACGGGAAUCCGGACAACGCGUUCACCAUAAGCCCGCCGUACAGCGGCAUAGUUCGAACCAACAUCGUGCUGGAUCGGGAGAUACGCGAGAAGUACAGGCUGACGAUAAUCGCGACGGAUCAAGGGAAUCCGCAGUUGACCGGGACGGCUGCGCUCAGCGUCAGGGUGAUCGAUAUCAACGACAAUCAACCGACGUUUCCGGAGCACAGCGUCAUCUCCGUUUCGGAAGGUACGGCGGUUGGAACCGUGUUAACCACCAUCACGGCCAACGACGUGGACAGUUCCCCGGCCUUGACCUAUCGAUUCGGGAACGCGACCGAUCCAGGCCCGUUCAGCAUCGACAGAUACGGGGGCAAGGUCGUCCUCCGGAGACGUUUGGACGCAGAGACGCGGUCCGAGUACAGCCUGCAAGUAGUCGCGAGCGACGGUAUCCACGAGGCGACCACGGACUUGAUAGUUCGCGUCACGGAUCUGAACGACAACGCUCCGCGAUUCCAGCAAUCCGCUUACAUCGCCACCCUGCCUGAGGGACGAGGAGGAGAGUUGCAAGAAAUCGUGACGGUGAACGCGACCGACGACGAUCUGACGGAGGAGAACAGUCGGGUGCGAUACCAUCUGCUGAGAGCCACCAAAGGUUUCUCGGUGCAUCCCGUGACCGGCGUUGUGACGGUGAAUCGUACCGCGAUACCGAGGCCGUUGCCCAAAGAGGUCGAGUUGGCAGUGGUCGCGGAGGAUUACGGGAAACCGCCUGCGUCGUCCGUGUGCUCGGUCGUCGUACGAUUGACCAGUUUGAAGAGCAACUCGCCCGGCAAGGAGUACAAGAUCACCGCCAAGGAGAACACUUGGAGGGGGACCGCUCUGAUGAGAUUGUCCGACGUGGAUCUAUUGGACGGUGGCAUCGUGGCCGGCGACGACGGUGGAACGUUCGAGGUGUCCAGGGGAAAGUUGAUCCUGUCCAAACCGUUGGACAGGGAGACGAAGGACAAAUACGUUUUACGAUUAGGGUCGAAGAACGAGAGCACGACGACCGGAUCCCUGGUCGGGGACGAGCCGGUGACCGUGAUCGUCACCGUGGAGGACGCGAACGACAAUUAUCCCCGUUUCACGGAGGACGUGCACCAAGUGUCGAUCAAGGAGAACGCGGCGCGGGGCGCUACGGUGGCCGUGUUGCGCGCCAACGACGAGGAUCUCGCGGGGACACCGGCCGCCACCCUCGUCUACGAGAUCACGUCGGGGAACGACGGUGGCCUGUUCCGGGUGGACAGGAGCACGGGCGCGGUGCUCGUGAACGCCACGUUGGACUGCGACCUCGAGCCGGACGUUCACAACCUCGUGGUGAUGGCUUGCGACACGGACCCUGACUCGCCCCUCUGCGCCUUGACCAGGCUUCGCGUCCGCCUCGAGGACGUGAACGACAACUCGCCCAAAUUCCCGGUCCCCGAGUAUCUCGAGUUCGUCGGGGAGAACGAGCCGAUCGGGACCACAGUGUUCUCGGCCCGUGCCUCCGACCUGGAUCGCGGUAUAUUCGGCUCGUUGAACUAUUCGAUCGUGUCCGCCGCGGCCACCGGUUUCUCCGACAUAGACGACAGUUGGAGAUUGUUCGCCGUGGACGGGAAAUCGGGCACGGUGACGACCCGCGCCGUGUUCGACUACGAGCUGCGCAACCGGUACGCGUUCACGCUGCGCGCGACCGACACGGGCGGUCGGACGGCGGCGGUCAGGGUGAGGGUGGAGAUCGAGUCGAGGGACGAGUUCUAUCCCCAAUUCACGGAGAGGAUGUACAGGUUCGGGAUGAGGAGCGGGGCCCGGAUAAUGGCCGGGACUGUGAUCGGGCACGUGACGGCGACGGAUCGGGACAAGGGGCCCGACGGGAGGGUGGUUUAUCAGCUCACCUCCCAACACCCCUACUUCAAGUUGAAUCGUACGACGGGCGCGUUGAUCGUGAAGCAGAAGUUGUUGCACCUCGACAUGGACGUGGAGGAGUCGUCGAGAUUGGUGGUGAGCGCGAGCUCCGGCAGGCAGGGCUCGUUGUCCAACAUGACCGUGGUCGAGAUCACGUUGACCGACGAGAGCGACGAAGGGAGGGGAGGUGGCGUCACGUGUUCGCCGAACGACGUGGCGGCGACGGCCGCGGACGCUUCGGCGAAUCGCGGCGACGGCGACGACGACGACGACGACGACGGCGAGGAGGAGGACGGGAACAAGAGCAGGAGCAACAAGAACGGAGGAGGAAGCAACAUGGCGGUUGCCACGUCGGGCGGAUUGGCCGAUUGGGCGUUGGGUUUAUUGAUCGCUCUGCUUCUCCUGGUGGUCGCGUUCGGUGCCGUUUUCCUCUACCUUCAUCUUCGGAACCGGAGGCACAAGAAGGCCGGGGCCAAGCCCGGGUUGAACGGGGAGAGCAACGCGACCGCGUCCAACAGCUACGUGGAUCCGAGCGCGUUCGACACGAUCCCGAUCCGGAGCGUGGGCGGUGGGGGGAACGGGGGCGGGGGGAACGGGAACGGGGGAGGUGGCGGGGCGUCGUGCCAAUUCGCGCCCCCGAAAUACGACGAGAUCCCGCCGUACGGGACCUCGGGCCAAUCCGGGCAGCAGCAAGCCACGUCCGAGUUGUCGGGCAGCGAUCAGUCGGGAUCGUCGGGGAGGGGGUCGGCGGAGGACGACGGGGAGGACGAGGAGAUUCGGAUGAUAAACGAGGGACAGCAGACGGGCGACUCGGCCAGCGAUCUCUCGGUGCACAACACCCAGGAGUACCUGGCCAGGUUGGGGAUAGUGGAUCCGCCGGCCGGCACCCCGAGGCGGCCGCCCGAGGCCCUACCCCUCGACAGCUUGCACCUGUUCGAGGACGAGGCGGCGACCGAGGCGGACAUCGCCACCCUGAUCUACGGGAAGAUCGGGGAGGCUGGCAGGCCGAUGUCGGGUUUGGAAGUUCCGGGCGGCCCGUCCAUGAACGGCUCGUUGAGCUCGAUCGUGCACAGCGAGGAGGAGUUGACGGGAUCGUACAAUUGGGACUACUUGCUCGACUGGGGCCCCCAUUACCAACCCUUGGCCCACGUGUUCAGCGAGAUCGCCAGGCUGAAGGACGACGCCGCGAGCGUCCAGAGCGGGAAUUCGGGGAGCAGCGGGAAGACGAAGUCUGUACAUAAAGCUCCGCCCCCGCUGCUCACCUCCGUUGCCCCCAGGUCGUUAGCAGCCCCCGCGCUGGCCAGAGGCAUCCUGCCCAGAUCUCCCAUCAGCCACGACGCGUCCACCUUCCCCUCGGCCGCCCUCAGCCCCAGCUUUUCCCCAUCCCUCUCCCCUCUCGCCACCAGAAGUCCCAGCAUCAGCCCUUUGGUCCCACCCGCCACCCAAAGGUCCGGUCAAAGUGCCAACAGGGGUAUACCGGUUACCGACGCCGAGUUGAGGAUUUAACCGGCCCCCAUCUUUCGUCGUUUUAUCAUUAACCGUCCGAUCCAAUUCCGUUCGCGUCGCGUUAUCAUUAUUAUUACCGUCGCGUGUUAUUUUCUUAAGCGUCGAUCCCGAAUUGUACAUUUCGUAAUAUCGAUUCGAUUUUUUUUUUUUUUUAGAUAAGCGUUUUCCAGAUAAACGAUGAUCCGAUUUCGUUCGCAUGGAGGGUGUUGUUGAACCGCGUUGAAAAAAUGCACUCGAUUCCGUGCGAUUUCCAAUGUGCAGCGUGUAUAAAAUGGAGAUUAGAGAUCGUUAAGUUUGACUAACCUUCGCCGGGAUUCUCGAAGGUGCAAAGGUGCAUAUAUAUAUAUAUAUAUA